GGUUUAUUUUAACGGCAGCAACUACUAGUUCCGAAAAUCUUAUUUUUCAAAACCAACAUGAAAAACAUUUUUGAACUCAUUAUGCCUGUCCUUGGGCUGAGCAUCUGUAUCCUAGCCGUACAAAUUCCGGCUGUUAGCUGGACGACUCACAUCCCAUUCUACUAUUUCGUUCCUCACUCCCCGCAUCCGACGAAUAAUAUUGCUGUAAGCCCUUCGUUCGCUUCAGAAUCGUCAGCUAGUCCCAUUAUUGAAAAAUUUGAAAUGACGGAACUACACAGAGAACUCUCACAAAUAAGAAUGGCAAUUGCGCAACUAAUAACCAAAUCAGAUUUGCAUCAUGCAAUUCAAAAUGCUGCGGAGAAAAUUCUUUCCAAUCUUCAUAUGAUAACCACGAAAUUUGCGACCAAAUUAGACUUGGAUAACAUAAACACGACUGUGGGAGGAAUUGAUUCCAAUCUUUUGAGAUUGACCCAAGCGUUCGGUCGGUGACAAACAAUUUUUUAAAAAUAGGAUUCAUUGUA